ACACUCACACACACACACACUAACAAACACCGUUCCAUUGGUAGUGUACAAGGCACACCUCAUGGCUCCCAAGAGGAAGCGCGCGCCUGCGGUCACAAGUGGCUCAAUAGAGAGCGCAUCACGGGGACGACAGGGCAGGGUUAAGAGUACAAAGCCUCCCGUCUCCCACUUCCUAAACGCUUUUAGAUCUUUUAUAGAUGAAUACGAACAACGCUUCCCCGACGCGAACCCCAGUCCCCCCUCUUCCCCUGAUGUCAUCCCGGAUACCCAGGAGUUCCCAGAGAGUUCUCAAUCUUCCCAAUGGGACGAACUGCCUAGUACAUCGGCCGCCCUCUUUAAUGAUACACAAUCGGUGCGGACUAGGUCUCAGUCACGGGCUUCGGCAUCUGGGUCUCGGGCGCGGGGGGGGGAAAGCGACUUCUAAGUCUACUCGCAAUAACAAUCCUGCUGCCCCCAGUUCUUCCAAUCGCUCGCAGGACAAGCGGCCCAGAGCCCAGUCGCCGGAUUCUGAGGCUUCGUCGGCGGCCGAAGACGCGCAACAGGAGGAAGAGGGCGCCGCCGCCGCGACCGCGGAGAAGCCUUCGGGUAAGAGGCGCGAAAAGAAGAAGCAUACAUGUAGGAAGAGCAGGUCUCGGAGGGACGACUCGGAUGAUGAUACAGAUUCCUCGUUUCCGGUCGCUCGCACCUGGAGCACAACUGUUGCCCGAACCCUUUCCGGAGUACCUGUGGAAUGUUGGCGACGCAAAGUGAUACAGGGAGUAUUAGCGUCCGUGGCACCUUCCACGCUCAGGUCCUAUAAGAAGGCCUGGUGUGAUUUCCUGGGUUUCAGGUUUGGGUUGUCUGGGCUGUCACAUAACACCCCCCCACCACCACUGAUGACAUCCUGCAGUACCUGUCCCAUCUGGAUGACCUCGGACGUGCUACGAAAACCUUAAAGAUCCACGUAGCAGCCAUCAGCUUCUUUUCAAAGGCGACGUUUGCGCAAGACCCAUGUAGCGAUUUUCUGAUCCGUAGAGCCAUUGAGGGUUGGGGCAGGUUGCAACCGCCCAGGACCGUUGGUCGUAAGCCUAUUUCUUAUGGAUUGCUAUCUCAGAUACGCGUAAAGCUCAGGACAAUUUGUUGGUCUAAGUUUGAGGCACGGCUCUUUUCUGCGGCUUACGCUAUAGCCUUUUUUGGUGCGCUCAGAGUUGGUGAGGUUGUGUGUGAAGCUAGUGCGCGGGGUUUAACUCGCGGCCUCCUGUGUGAGGAUGUACAGCUAUCCGAAUCUGCUGUGUCAGUACUAGUGCGUCAGUCCAAGACCGAUCAGACUGGCAAGGGUGUCCUGCUCAAGCUCACGGCGUCGGCCCAGCAGGGCCCAUGUCCGGUGAAGGACACGAGGCGGUUUCUCCGCCUUAGACCAGUCGUCCCAGGACCGUUCCUGAUACACGAGGAUGGGUCGCCCCUGUUGAGGUACCAAUUCACUAGAGUAAUGCGCAAGGCUAUUGGGGCUUG